CAUGGCCACCAGGUGUCAGCACAAGGCUGAUGCGACAAACUUUAUGACACCAUAGAAGAAGUCCGUGUCCUUCACAACAGCUAAGAUGGCGACAGCUACUAAAAUCAUUCAAAGGCUACGAAAUCUUUUAUCCGGGCAUGAUCUACAGGCCAAACUGCAGCUGCGAUAUGGGGAGAUAGCAAAGAGGACACAGCCACCACCUAAACUGCCCGUAGGCCCAAGCCAUAAGUUUGCCGGCAACUACUAUUACAGCAGAGACGGCCGGAGGGAGUCGGUACCUGCUACCGUUGUGAUGUCCACUCAGAAAGCUCUCACUGCUGGCAGUCAAGUUGCGGAAACCUCCAAGGCCCCAGUGACACCAGGAGCUGUAUAUGAACCACCAGCUCUCUCUACAGAUCAGCCAUACCUCUGAGUGACAGGACGAACGUCUUCAUCAAUUCUCAUCUACGUGUGCUGAAGAGCACUGACUCAAAAGUGAACUGUAUCUUGUACAAAAGAAAAUGUGAAUAAAAUGUUAACGUUU